GUCUUUACACAACUUUUCUCAGCUGACUUGAGCAACUUCAACUUGAGUACAGUUGUGUGGGAACCUCGGUGCUUCUGGCGAUUUGAGUUGGACUUAUUUUGUUAAGGUGCCACCGAAUUUUCCCGCAGGAUGUCAAAUAGGAGCCAGCCGGAGCAGGAGAUGCCGACAGAAGAGAAACUGUGUCAAAAUUGCCAGCGCCUGGUGACGGCCCCCAACUUCCUAGUGCACAGCGUGCACUGCCAGAGGAAUAUAGUGCUGUGCCCGGAGUGCUCCAGCCCUGUUCCUCGGUCAGGUUUAGAGGAGCACAGAAGGACGCAUGCCCCAACACGCUGCCCAGACUGCAAGUGCUGUGUGGAGCUGCAACGCUUGUCUGAGCACAAGGAGAAUGACUGUGCCAAGCGGCUGGUGACCUGCGAGUUUUGUGAGCUGUCCUGUCCGAGCGACACCAUGCCGGAUCACUUGGAGUACUGCGGCAGCCGUACUCAGGAGUGCUCCGGCUGUGGGCGCCUGGUUAUGCUUCGGGACAGGCAGCAUCAGUGUCCCCUGCCCGACGAUGCGGACCAUGUGUCGGAGCAGCUGGACAUCCUGGACAUUUCCGGACCGGACGGAGACGACGAUGCUUACGACCAGCUGUGGCUCCCCCCACCAGAGCUCCUCUCCAGGGCAAGCUCAGAGUCCAGCUCCGUGCCAGAUCCGUACCCCCCGGAGGAAGUGCAGCUGCCUUGCGAGUUUUGCUCUCUGCUCUGCCCCAUGGAGGACCUCAUUUUACAUCAGUCUGGCUGUGGCCCAAUGCAGCAGAGGAGGGAAGAUUAUUCUCCAGAACCGCUACCACCCGAAAGUCCUCAAGAACAGCUUGUGGAUAUGGGUCCCUGUGAGAUCUGCGACAAGUUGUUGCCGAUGCACAAACUUCACUCGCACCAGUUGGGCUGCAUUUUGGAACCUGGGCAGCCUGCGGAGCAGGAAAGAGAGGGGGGCCUGCCUUGCGAACUGUGCCAACAGUGCUUCCCUGUGGCUGCGUUGGCCCGUCACCAGGCCACCUGUGACCUGAGUCCGGAGGAGGCGCUUCUUUCGGACGAGCUGUACCCUGCCAUGGCUGGAGGCCAGUUGCUGACCGGACAGCGGUGGGAAGAGGGCGGCCACCGGCACGACGCCAGGUAGCACCUGUGAUACCAGCCAUGCUUUCAGCCGAGGAAAUUUAGGGGUGUGGUGCCACCUCAACUACACUGUGCCAACUUAUACAAGAAAUAGUCUUCGACGGUCACUGCAGCAUCCAGCUGGCAAAAGAAAAAAAACAAACAACACACCUAGUCAGAACUUCUGGCCAGCAUGCAUCAGUGAUAUCGUUGUAAUAAACCAGCGCUUUCUAAAA